AUGCCGGCCUCGAUAAAUGCAAGUGAUAUCAGAAUGCUACUUCCUGGACAUUUGACCUCGUCCAUGAACUCGGGCACCUCGACACCGGUCAAUGGCUCGACUCACCCGAACCCAACAAUACAAUAUGUGUCGGUUCCGAGCAACAGUGCAUACAGUCCUAUUGAAUCGCUCGAAAUCAUUUCCCGCAAGGGCGUCCACAAGGCUACCAUGCGUCUCGACAGGACCUUUCUCAGUGCUGUCUCAGCAGGCAUGAUCUUGUCGUUUGCAUGCGCAACCCUCAUCAGCACAAAUACGGCGCCGUGGUUCCAGGAAAAUGCGCCAGGCUUGAUCCGUACCCUCGCUGCUUUGGUGUUUCCAUACGGUUUGGUCCUGGUGCAGUUGACGGGCAGUGAUCUCUGCACAGGAAGUUUCUUGUACACGACUGUGGCGGCACUGCAUGGACGGAUAAGUGUGUUGAAGAUGCUCAGGCAUUGGUUUGUUACGUUCUGGGGUAACCUAGCGGGUUGUUUGUUCGUUUGCUGCGUCAUUGUCGGAUAUGGUGGGCUUUUUGAGGGUGAAUUGUAUCACGAAGAGUCACUCCUCUUUGCAUACAAGAAGCAGAUCGCUCCAGAGUGGCAUCAGAUCUUCCUCAAGGGUAUCGGUGCCAACUGGCUUGUCUGCAUAGCGUGCUAUCUCGGCUGCUCAGGUCGCGACGUAGUGUCCAUGGUAGUCGGCAUCUGGUGGCCAACCUUUGCCUUUGUUUCACUGAGUUUUGACCACGUGGUCGCAAACAUGUUCUUGAUCCCCAACGCCAUCUUCCAAGGAUCUCCUGACAUCACUGUCGGUCUUUACAUCUGGAAGGGUAUCAUUCCUGCUCUUCUUGGUAACAUUGUCGGAGGUGGAGUCUUUGUUGGCUGCUUGUACUACUACUUGCACUUGCAGGGCCGCGAAGAUGUUGCAAUCGACGGCAAGUACUAUGAAAACCCAAGACCUUGCAGGAGCGAUAAAAGCAUACCCAUGACACGAUUUUGGGCUGGAAGACGAGAACACCAGAAGUUAGAUGGUGACCACGAAGUCUAG